AUGCAUGAGAAUUUCAUGUUGUACAAGAGUGAGGAGAUGGAAGUGAAGAAGAUAAUGAGCCACAGGAAGUUGAUGUUCCAUUCGACUGCGGACUACGAUGACGCAGGACCCAACCCUAAGCACGACCCAAGAAAGAGGCCCGGAGGCAAACCUUGA